AUGGUGUUUUCAUCGAUCACACGGCAUUUCAAUAGGACGCUGGCAUUGUCAUGUUCCUUAGUUGCGUUGUCACAACUUAACUAUGGAUUUGAUAACCAAGCAUUCUCGACAACACAGUCAAUGACUGCGUUUACCAAGCAGUUUGGAGAGUAUGAUGCUGCGACUGGGACAUGGUCAAUCCAGUCAUACUUUUUAUCCCUACUGGAUAGUCUCAACUAUAUUGGAUUCGCGGUUGGUCUGGUUAUUGGAAGUUUGUUUAGUGAAAGAUAUGGUCGACGUCUUACUAUGUUCCUUAUGAGCUGCUACGCUUUGAUUACGGCUACGAUUAUCAUUACAUCAAGGAGCAGGGGUCAACUUCUGGCGGCGCGCAUCUUAAACUAUGUCUAUAUCGGUGUCGAAUUGGCCGUGGUUCCUAUUUAUCAGUCUGAGAUCGUUCCGACCCAAGUACGAGGCUUCGUUGUGGGUACAUACCAACUGAGCAUCUAUCUUGGAGGACUUAUUAUCAACUCUAUCUGCCGUGGAACCAGUUCUCUAGAGGGGAAUCAAUCAUGGAUGAUCCCAUUUGGACUUUUCUAUAUCAUUCCAUUUUGCAUCAUGUCCCUGAUCUGGUUUAUCCCUGAGUCUCCUCGAUGGCUCCUCCUCAAAGGACGAAUUGAAGACGCAGAGAAAUCUCUCAAACGCCUGCGUCAAGGCACACUUUCGGACGAUGAAAUCGCUGCCGAGUUAUCCUCUCUCCAAGUCGGACUCGAAAUCGAACCCAAAAAAGGCGCAUUCAAAGAACUCUUCCAGGGAGUCAACUUGAAACGCACAGCGAUCGUAAUCGGGCUUAGCUUCUUCCAGCAAGCCACUGGCCAAGCCUUCGCAAGCCAGUACGGCGCGGUCUUUGUCAAGUCCCUCGGUACUAUUAACACCUACAAUUUCACAAUUAUCACCAGUGCAAUUGGAACUGUUAUCUGUCUCUGGUCUAAUUUCUUCAACGACAAGAUCGGUCGGCGGAAGCUAUUCAUGGCUGGUUCUAUUGUACAAGUCGCUGCACUCUUCACAAUGGGUGGUCUUGGAAUAGCUAGUCCAGCCACCACGCCAGAAAAGACGGCCAUUGCGUCAAUGAUGGCCAUCUUCAGUGCUGGAUUUGGCCUAGGUUGGGCACCUCUUACCUAUGUGGUUGUUACAGAAAUUCCUGCCCUAUCUCUUCGUGACCAUUCACAGCGUGUGGCAUCACUGACAAAUAUUCUGACGACUUUUGUCGUUGCUUUUACUUUGCCAUACUUGCUGGAUGACGGGUAUGCCAAUCUACACUCCAAGGUUGGCUUUAUCUUUGGUAGUCUGGCGGUCUGCGCUUGUGUUUUUACAUAUUUUUGCGUGCCAGAUUGUCAAGGAAAAUCUCUUGAAGAUGUGGACCGACUGUUUCAUGAAGGUGUACCAAUCAGAAAAUUUAGAGAAACUCAUCUCCCAUCUCUGGAAGAAAGCGCAAAGACGUGGGAUGAAAAAGAGAUAAGGAGUGAUAUUCGAUCUGUUUGA